AUGCUUUUGUCUUUACAGGAAGUGGGAGGAAUAAGUUCUGGACUUCCACCCAGUGUUUCAGUUCAACGAGUUAUUGUGAGAUACGCAGUUUGCAAGACAAUGCCAGAGAAGGAUUUCAAAUUCUUCACUGGAUUAUCACAAUGCAAUUUUGAUGUUCUUUAUGAAUUAAUUGGAGGAGAUUACGUAGUGGACAGACUAAAAUAUGAAUAUAAUGACAAGACCCCUGAAGAAAUGAUGCCCUUCAAGAAGUUGACAGCAAGAGACAGACUCUUCAUGAUGCUUGUGAGAAUGAGGAGAGGUGUGCCUCUAAGAGACCUGGGGUAUCUUUUUGGUAUAAGUGAGCCUCAAUGCUGUACCAUCUGUAAAACAAUGAUUAGGACAACUUAUGAAUGUUUAAGUUCUUUCAAGAAAGCCAUGUUUGUAAGUGCAGAGAAGCAAAAGAAGGGCAUGACUGCUCCUUUUAGACCCUUCAAAAAUCUGAGGGUCAUAAUUGAUGCUGCAGAGUUCAAAAUUGAAAGACCAUCAGAUUUUCAGCAACAAGGCAACACGUACUCAGAGUACAAACACUACAAUACUGAAAAGUACUUGAUUGGUACUUCAACCAAAGGUUCAAUAAUUUUUUGCAGUGAUGGGUUUGAAGGUCAUAUAAGUGAUAAUGAAUUAGUGAAGAAAAGUGGCUUCCUAGACUAUCUCACAGAAGGUGAUGCUGUUAUGGUUGACAGGGGAUUUCAUCUGGCAGCAGAGUUUGCUGAGAAAGGAGUUCGACUCAUCAGACCACCAGAUUUUAAGAAGAAACGGAAGUGCUUCACAGCAGGAGAAGAAAUUUUUACAAGGCAGACUGCUUCUGCUAGGAUUUAUGUGGGACAUGCCAUCAAAAAUAUAAAAGAUUGGAGACUUAUCCGCUAUGUUGUACCAAUGUCUAUGCAUGAUGUUUUACCUCAGCUAGUGUUUACUGCAGCCUUCCUUACUAAUUUUGAUGUUCCCUUCAUCAAAGUAAAGAAAACUUCAUCCCGUAGGUAA